AUGCGUCUACUGCAAGCCAUCGUCCGCUCGUCCCUUUUUGCCCCCAACGGCCGCAGUCAUCCUUUUACCCCUCCCCCCUUCCAUCAACUAAAGACUGAUUUCACCGUCGCCCCGGCUGUGAACUACGCACCAACACCACCGCCAGUGACCAUCGCGAGCCUGGAAAUGAGCGGUGAGUUGGCGUAUCGCCCUACUCAGCUGUCCCCUGUCCAGGGUGUGUCUUACUACAGAGCACCUCCUAAUACUUCGGCAGUGCACUGGACGUGCGAGUAUGUACUCUUUCACAUAGCAACCGGCUGCUUAGCCUACCAGCAUUCAGGGUCUGGAGCCAGCAAUUACAUCAGGCGCCGCCUUGCCUAUUGUGUCAUCCGCUUCCUGCACCUUAAUCGUGAUGCUUCCAUCCUCAUUCGCCAGAAGACCCCGGACCACGACCUCCAUCCUCAUGUUGGACACAGGGUUGGCAAGGCUACCUCACAGCAGCGGCAGAAACGGAAACGCCUGGCGGCUUUGGACAGGGCUCCCACGCCCAUGAUCUCCCGAAUCUUGCCCGUCUCGUCAUCCCUUCAGCUUGGGUUCACCGUUCAGGCCACACGGCACACCAAGCUUGCUACUCGGACCUGGUGCUCCCAAGCAACCACGCCCCCGGAGGCAUACACAGCUUAUCCCGUCGACAAACAAGCCAUCAAUGGGGAUGAUACUAUACACAAGACAACAGCAUUCCUUGGUGACCUCGAGAUGGCCUCCCAAUGGCCCGCAUCAGUGACAUGCACAGAAGGUCAAAACGUCAGGGCUGCAGGAAUCACAAGCCCAGCAAUGACCAACCAACGGGGCCGGCCCUGGGCUGAAGACGUGGGAUCGGCUGGGAUCAGCUGGGCUUUGACUAGGGUCCGACAAGGGGGCAUCGGCAGCUCGCAGGGCUUCACCUCCAUCUCCGCCAUCGCGACUGGCCAGAGCUCUCGGCCGCUCUGCCUCAAGUUCUCAACUCUCUCAGCCAAGCCUAGGGCAGUCCCUCGCUUUCCCCCGCCCAUCGGCCCAGUACGUGACCCCGGUCCUGGCCCCGGCUUCUGUCUCGUGCGAUUUGUAUCUGGCUUACAGAGCAUCCUGUUUCGGAAGGCAAGUGGAUACACUACACCAAACCCGGACCAGGCGAUGCACCGAGAUGACGACUGA